ACGGCCGCCAGCACGCGCGUAGUAGCGGCAGCAGCUGAGAACUCUGGGAGCGAGUGCGCUUGGCGUGUGCUCUGCGUCUUUCUACUAACGUCGGCGGCGCUCCGCCGCGUGUACCGUCGACGACGCUGUGUCGUGCGCUGGAAACGGCAGCAGCUGGUCAGGCGAGCGUGAUGCGUGGCAUUCUUGUAUCUCCGCUCGUCGACGACUUCGCCGCUUCUUCGUCGUCGUCGUGUCUAACGAACGACGCUAGUGCUCUUCUUCUCUCGUCGCACGGCCGACCGGAUACUACUUCCGCGGGACCUUUCUACUUCCGGCGUUGAAAAAAAAAAAAGCGGUACUACAGGAAAGGAACAAGACCAAUUUGCGUGCGCGGGUGUUUUAAUUUUUUUUAACGGUGUGUGAGUGUUCGCGCGUGUGUUUUCCGUCACUGGAAGGCGUUUACUACUGGCCGAGUUCUUGAAGGAAAAAAAGAACACACUUGACACCAACGUCGUCAACUUUUGCCGUCGAUCUUUUUAUUUAUAUUUUGUGACGAUAUCGGUUCGUGACGGAUAACGGUGUGGUGUUUUCCCCUGAUUACAGUCGUUAAAUCGUCGUCUUCCUUCUUUUACGGUUGAUUGACUGAACGAAGGGAACAUCGGUUCAACAAGUUGUUUCGUGACGUUAUCCUCCUCACCUGAUUGGUUGGUUUGUUUCCGUGUCGUGUGUUUGGAGAUAAACCGUUCUCUUUGGAGCUGCGGCAACAACUCCGUGGAAAAACCAAACCGUCGUUUAGGAGUUGUUAACUACAACUACCGGUGGCAUCUUUCCGUCCUUCGACUGGACUUUUGUUAAUUGUUAUUUCGAAUCCUGCUCGUGGUAUCCGGUGUGCUUUCGCCUCGAAAACAGGAAUGCGUUUCGAAGAGUCAUCACCGUGGAGUGACAACUGUCGCACCGCAUCCUACGUCCUGCGAAAGGAUUCCGUCAACCUCGCCGGUCAGGGGAAGGUGGACAUGACAAACUUCGACCUGCUCCGGGUUCUUGGAACGGGAGCUUAUGGCAAAGUGUUCCUGGUGCGCAAGGUGGGCGGCCAGGACCAUCACAAGCUGUACGCCAUGAAGGUCCUGAAGAAGGCGACCAUCGUGCAGAAACAGAAGACCCUGGAGCAUACGCGCACCGAGCGACAGGUCCUGGAGGCCAUCCGCCAGUCUCCGUUCCUGGUGACGCUCCACUACGCCUUCCAGACGGACGCCAAGCUGCACCUAAUCCUCGACUAUGUCUGCGGUGGCGAGCUGUUCACCCACCUCUUCAUGAGGGAGCACUUCACGGAGUCCGAAGUCCGUUUCUACAUAGCGGAGAUCGUGCUGGCUCUGGAGCACCUACACAAGCUGGGGAUAAUCUACCGUGACAUCAAGCUGGAGAAUAUCCUCCUCGACAGCGAAGGACACAUCAUCCUGACAGACUUCGGACUGAGCAAGGAGUUCCUUCCACACGAGAAGGACCAGAGGGCGUUCUCGUUCUGUGGCACCAUAGAGUACAUGGCACCCGAAGUGGUGCGCGGUGGAAGUGCGGGCCACGACUUCAGCGUCGACUGGUGGAGCGUCGGGGUGCUGACGUUCGAGUUGCUCACGGGCUCGUCGCCUUUCACGGUCGAGGGCGAGCGUAACAACCAGGCCGAGAUCUCCAAGAGGAUACUGAAAAGUCAACCGCCAAUACCGGAUCGCAUCACGGGUGACAUCAGAGACUUCAUCCAGAAGCUCCUAAUCAAGGACCCUAGAAAGAGGCUAGGUGGCGGGAUCGAGGAUGCCGAAGAAAUUAAGAGACACCGCUUCUUCAAGGCAAUCAACUGGGACGACCUCGCAGCCAAGAAGAUCCCAGCGCCUUUUGUUCCCAAGAUUGACGGCGAGCUAGACGUGAGCAACUUUGCGGAGGAGUUCACCUCCAUGAUUCCCGCCGACUCGCCGGCGCUGGCGCCCGUCAGCGACGACAAAGUGUUCAAGGGCUACUCCUAUGUCGCCCCGUCCGUGCUGUUCAAUGAAAAUGUCCUCACCGACGAGCUCCUCGGCUGCCCCAACGAGAGCCGGCCAAACAUAAAUCAGCUGCUUGCCUCCAAGUUCAAGAACUCUGCAUUCUUUCAAAGCUACGACCUCAUUGGGAAAGAAGGCAUUUUGGGUGAUGGAAGCUUCUCAAUCUGCAGGAAGUGUGUCCACAAGAAGACGGGCCUUGCCUACGCCGUCAAAAUCGUGAGCCGCCGCAUCGACACCACCCAGGAAGUGCAGCUCCUGAAGAUGUGCCAGGGGCAUGCCAACAUUGUGCAGUUUGUGGAGUCUUUCCAGGACGAGGCACACACGUACAUCGUCCUUGAACUGCUCACCGGCGGGGAGCUCCUUGAGAGGAUACGCGGGCGGCCACGCUUCACGGAAAACCAGGCGUGCCGCAUCUUUCGCCGCCUCAUCUCCGCCGUGAACUUCAUGCACUGUCGGGGCAUUGUUCAUCGAGACCUCAAGCCCGAGAACCUGCUGUUCACAGACAACUCGGACAAUGCCGUCAUCAAGGUGGUGGACUUUGGCUUUGCGCGGCUAAAGCCGCAGGACAAUCAGCUCAUGAAGACGCCCUGCUUCACGCUGAGCUACGCCGCACCGGAGGUCCUGCAGCAGGCCAGACCGGGCAACAACGCUGCUGCCGGCUACAACGAGUCCUGCGACCUCUGGAGCCUCGGUGUCAUUCUGUAUACCAUGCUGUCCGGACGGGCGCCCUUCCAGACGCCGAGCCGCAAUGUCAGCGCGGCCGCACUGAUGCAGCGGAUCCGCGAAGGCGAGUUCAGCUUCAACGGCCCCCAGUGGGAACCCGUCUCGGAUCAGGCCAAGGACGUCAUCCGUGGUCUGCUCACUGUCGAGACUUCGCACCGGCUGACCAUGAACGAGCUCCGCGCACACCCCUGGGUGCACGCUCGGGGCAGCGUCUGGUCCGCUCCGCUCAUGACACCGGACGUCCUCAGCUCGUCGUCCUCACCGCGCGCUACGGAGUCGGCCGUGCGAGCCACAUUUGGCGCGUUCCACCUCGCCACGCGCAGUGGCUUCCGCCUGCUCGACGUCUCCGCCGCGCCUCUGGCCCAGCGACGGAGGCUGAAACGCAACUCCGCGGAUGUGCGGAGCGAUUCAUCCGUCUCAACAAGCAGCGGAAGCUCCCUGACCUCCACGUCAUCGGCCCACUCGGCGGCAUCGCUCAACUCUGCGACAGCAGCGUCAACACGUUCAAUGGGCUUUGUGCCGGCGCGUGAUGACUCGACCCGAAGCGUAGACAGUGUCUUCACGUACCCGGAGACCAAGGUCGCGGCGUACCUCUCCACGCUUCCCGACAUGGCGGAAUGUCCCAGGGGGUCCGGAACCACGGACGACAUUGAGACCAUGACCGGGGACCUCGCCAUCACCGGCCUGACUGUUCCGCAGGCGAGGACUGGCAAGCCGGAGACUCCAACGUUGCCAGCCCUUGUGGUGACCGCGGACGUGCCGGAAAAAUCUCAAGGAAAGGAAGCAAAAGCCACCGCCUCCUCGCUACCGACGAUACCAGAGACGGCGGAAGCGUCCGACGACAGUCGAACCGCGAGCGCGGCAAGCGUAGAACAACAACCGCUGCUCGAUCCGGAAGGACCCAUCACACGGUCUAGGAGAAAGCGGCCCACACCGGAAGAGUGCAACGCGGUUCAAGCCAGUCUUUCCGAUGACGGAAGCGAACCAAACACCAAGAAGUCAAAGACGCGGUCCCCAGUGAAGUCGGCGCCUGGCAGGAAGCAGCGGUAGCACGAGGCUAGAAACGUAGCCGCAUUUUAAGCGUCGUUCUCAUGCUCGCAGCUUUGGUGGCAAAGGCAUGUAGCGUGUAACGGUGUUCAUCUCUUCACUGUAAAUUCAGCUCAUCACAAUCACAUUUUAAUCAAAUGGGAACACAAAAGACAAAACUAUUUAUAGCAAAGGCAUUGAAUGUGUUCUCUUUGAAGAUGGGAACAGUGUUGUUGAUUUGUGUUUCAAAGUGCUUUUAAUGAAGGUGUUUUUUUUUUGUGUGUCUGUGUGUGCAAUGGCAGUAGCACACAUCGGGUGGCUGCUAGAAUGCAUCAAAAAAAGUGCGGGCAAGCUGCAAGAAAAGUAACGGGGAAUCGCUGGAACGAAUAGACUGCAGAAGUUGCAAAUAAGCUCGACGAACUGUGACCGGUAUGGUUGUUGUUGAAUUGCGGAUCGUGACGAACAUUGGACAGACUCUUGUCUGCUUGUGAUGCUACUGACGUCAACUGAUGUGCCGAGUGAAUCCGUGUCGUCACGUUCAAGUUUGGAUCCACGUCUUUCUUGACAAACAGAGUGCUGCGAUCAUGUGAAAGACUACUGCGUGCAACUGAGUUCGUUAGGCUGGCAACUAACACUACUUGUUGAAGAACGGAAAAAAGCCGGCACUAGUUACGUACAAGUGAAGUACAUUUGAGUACUUACGAGAUGCUGUUGAUUAGGGGAAGGUGAUCAAAAGAUAGCAGCACUCUGUAAAGCGUGGGAACGAGUGACGUAGAGCUUUUCAUUACAGCCAAUCUCGUGUACAUCUAUUUAUCGUUACAGCAGGUUUUUUUUUUUUUUUUUUUUUCAUGUUCUUCGUAGGGGCAGUUUAUUACUCAAGAUUAUGGCUGAGCAUUGGUUGCAACUGUUAUCUGCGGGUUUCUGUGAAACCACCCCGCAUCUUGCAUGGUUUAUGAGUGCCGACGCGCAACAACAUUGUCAUCACUUGCCAUUUUUCGCUUGUUAACCACAUGUUGAGUCUGACCACCAUUCCUGUACAGUUAAUGAGUGAGUUGUGAUUGUUGAGAUGCGAAUCUUGCCAUUGUGUCUGUAAAAAAAGAAUAUAUACUAUACUUGUCCUAAUCUGACAGGCAGAGGAGCUUCCGAGUUAGCCGCACCUCGUCACAUUUUUUAAAAAGCAAUAGCGACUGCUCAACUUUAUGUUAAAAGCUGUCAUUAGGUUUUCUGUGAACCGCUUAUUUGCCUUUCUUGACAUUAUGUGACAGUGUAUUGCAUUUUAAAGUUUUCUCAAGGUUGAUCUUAGUAACUGCCUUUACAGAUUUUAGUAAUCGCCUUUCAGAAUGCUUGACGAAAUCACUUUACGGAAAUGAUUUAUGCCUUUACAUUGGCUGUAGUGGUUUCUGGGAUAACUUUCGCGGUGCUUAAUAUCUGUGACAAUUUGCCAUUUGUCCCAUCAAACACAGUGUGGCAGGGUGUUUCUGUGAUGCCACAUCUUGGUGUUGUUUCUCGCACUGUUGUAAAGCUAGAGUGAAGGCUGCGCGCUUUUGCCGACUUCUUUGCUGGUUUUGUUUUCUUGUUGGAUUUGCGCGCACGCCGCAUCGAUGCCUAGUUACAAAGCUGAGAAGGUAUUUUUAAAUACAAGAGAUAGGCCUUGAAAUAUUUACAUCAGCCGCGCAAGUUACCACGGAGUGGCCUUUUCUUGUCUUUGCGUGCCAAUCUGUCACACCACUCACAGAUUGGCGGACAGUCGUUGCCGUAGCCGACGACGAAGCCGACAUUCUCGGAAAUAAGUUGAGACUCUGGAAAUCGCCGUUCACUAAACUUUCGGCGUCUUAGACACGCCACUUGCGACUUCUGCAUGGUUACUUGACAGUUGCCUCGCCUGGCAGUUUCCACCACUCUUUCGCAAGAAAAAAAGAAAAAUAAAAGGGAAAACCCGAGCUUUCAGAAGUCUGAUAGUGGACGCUAACGUAAAGCGUAUAGGUUUCUGCACUGAAUAUGUUUUUAGGCUGUUUUUAAGGCCCUUCACAUUAAAAAAAAUACAGUAAAGUUGUGAUAAAUUUUAUACACUCUAAAAAAAAAAGAACAAUACUCUUUAUUGAGUGCAGAGCGGGUCUGUAGCCACACAUGAAAGCAUGUAAAUGACGUGCAUUGGAACUGACAACAGUAGAGAGUGAAACUCUGUGAUUGCACUUUUUGUCCAGCUUAGUGGAGCGUUUGUCCUUUUUCGAGAGUCUCUUUCGAACUUGUGGAUGUUCUCAUGGUGCAGCUUUUCAAAUAUUAAUCCAAAAGCGCUGAAGGGAAGAUCCGCAAGUUAACACUAGUUGUGAGGUUGCACGAGAGAUACAUUUUGCAUUGAGAGGAUAAAAACUACGAAGGUGGCAAUCCUGUUAACAGCAUUGAAAGGUACUGUUACCGAGAGAGACAGAUCUUUCUCUCCUGAGGGUCUCGACGUACCCAUUUCGUGAACGCAGCAUUGAUUUGUGGAAUGAGAGCCGUGUUUCUUGUUGAAGAAAGGAAAGUGUGUGAUAACAACAAGCUCGAGCAUGGUCGCACUUAUUUUUAUUUAUAUAUUUGUCGAAUCAAGAGGUGCUCUGACGACUUGCCAACAGUGUUCACGACAAAACACUCCCGUACACCUGUGUGCCAACUACGGAGUCGAAGCUGCCUUUUAGGAAAUCAUUAUCAAAUUGCCAUUGACACUCGCAUCAUCUAAGGGCAAUCCUUUCCAUACAAUGCGCUGACAUCCCUGCAGGAAAAAAAAAAAGAAAAUCUAUAAGCGCAUUCUGACAAUUUCCGUACAUUCUUCCACAUCAUUCAUGCGGUAUCAGUAGACAGUUUGUGUCGCAUCCGUACGAAUGAUACGAACAACUUGCAGAAUCGUGAAAUUGUGCAUGCGGAAACCUUUCUAGCAGGGUAGGCACGGAGAGAAAAAGACAAAUCAGUGAGAUUGAGACGGUGACUCAAAGGCUGGAGCCUGCGAGCAGAGCCUGGUGAGUUUCAUGGGGGAAACAGAAAAUAUUUUUCUACUGCAGCGAAGGUCGUCACGAUUGCCUUUGAGCUAGGCUCUGGACUGUACGGUGAAGUAAUGCCUGUUUUGGUGAGAGCCUUGUGAUUACCCAUUUGCAGAGGUGCAUCCGUAGGCACCUUUACCUAGGGCGUUGCUGCCGGCAUCUGUGCAUAUGAUUGUAAAUCAUCUGUCUUAGUAACAACGGGCACAAGUCUUUAAAAAAUUUAUAGUAGAAGCCAGUAGAGGCCCCCACCUUGCCUUAACGAACGAGAACAAACAGUUUUUCCUUAGAAAGACAGCUAGUCACAAAAUGGCGCGUGUACUUUUUAUGCUCGACGAGUUUUCAUCCGACGGUGUGCCCUCGAGGAGACUCCUCUCGCGACGGUGAUUGCGCCUAGACAAUGUCGAGUAGCCAGUUCCUUUCUGGCACACCACUUUAGGAGAAAAAACGGAGUGGGUGUUUUCUUCGACAAGGUUGCAAAAGAUGUACGCUCACUGCUGUGUUAACUAGUCCAUUAAUGUAAACCUUUGUGAUAGCUUGUCCCAGGCAUAAAAUAUUAUAAGGUCGAUCGAACCGUGCGUGUCUGUGUUCCACCUCAUACCUCCCGUAAGCAUGGUUAUUUUUGCAAACUAAUCAGAGUUAUUUCUUCUAACUUGCGCAAACAAGAUGCUCAUACCGACGUACACCUCCAUAGAAUCUCUAUGCCCCCGAUGUAUUUUUCUUCCCUGGCAGUUGUUUAAACAUGUACAGUAAAAAGCUAUUAGCAUUAUGUUUGUUGACCAUUCCUUGGAAGAUGCGUGAGUGCAAGUUUGUAAUAUAUUGAUGAACUGUGUUGUAUAUUGUUAAAAACAUAGCUGACAAGCAGCACAACUGUGCGAAAGCAUGUAAAUAGUCAUUGCACUGGCUUUUUAUUACCGCUAUUAUUGUUCAGAGUUCGUCUAGACGAUUUAGCCAUGGUGCAGUGCAAAUAUCGAUGCGUGGGUCAUGUGGUGACGUAGCAUCGUUUUGAAUUGCCUCGACGGUGCAUCAACGCCCUGUUCUUGUGAUGAAUGCGGCACCGUGUCGCUUGCCUCACCAUGUUUUUUCUCUUCAUGUGCUUCCAGUAUGUUUCGAGAAAGUGACGUGCAGUGACAUAUUAAUGUUGGGUUGCAAAAUAAAUGUGUUUUAUCAGUUA